ACAAAAAAACUGUACAAUUAUGGUUUAAAAUAGAAAGAAACCACACUGAAAAUAGUAAUUCGUUUGCCAAAUGAACUCAGUUAGGUUAGCACCUUAGCAAGAUCCUUUGGGAACAAGUGGCCUCUAAGUACUUCGGUAGCAGUAUCUUUUUUUUUUUCUUUUCAGACUUUUGCUUUUCUAAAAUUACAAAGGUGUAGUGUGUCUGCUGUUACAGGUUGGAAAAAUGCAUCAUAGGAGGUUGGAAGCUUGUUGGCCUCAGUCAUAAAGGGAUAAGAAAACUGAGAAUUAGGCAUAGGGCAGAAAGGACCUCACCCCUCCCAACGCUUUCAUUUCUAAAUAAUGCUUAAGGAAACCAUGCCAGGGUUUGUAAAAGAGUAGAGGCACAACCACGGGGAGUGGGCACAGGGCAAGGAUGAAAGAGGGCAGGACGUGGGGAUAAAGCGGCUUCUUAACUGCGCCUGCGCCCCUUGCAAAGCGUGAAGUGGCGUCAUUGCCUGCGUCACAAUACGCGUCGUCUGACUGGAAGCGUAUCGCAGGCUCUGAGGGGCGGAACCCAACGGAUGGUCAAAGGCGGCAGAUUGUAGUUUUUGUUUUGGCCGGAAAGGCUUACCAUGAGUUGCCAGGGCUGAGAGAGAUGGAGAAGGAUUCGCGGCGGUGACAGAUUAAAUUCCCCAGUUACAUUAUAGACUUGGAGGUGGGGGAUCUUCUCAUCGUUAGAGGCCCCGAUCAUGGGAGAUAGGCGGUUCGGAGCCAGUCCUGCCUAACUUUGUGUUCACUGAUGUUAGGGAUGCUAGGGCUGCAAAGGUGGGCACCCCUACUCGUCUAAGAGCUUUCUCCUCUCUUCUCUUUUUCCCCUUUGCCUCUCUCCUUACAUCACCUGCCCACUAAGUCGACUUGUCCUUGUGUGAACGGCAGCCGGAAAGCCUUGAGAACUUAUUCCUCGACCCGGACAUGGCACAGGAGAAAAUGGAAGUAGGUUUCGAAUCGCUGCCGAGUUCCACUACCGCAGACAGCAACAUUCCGAGAAGAGUCAACAGUGCCCCUUUGAUCAAUGGACUUGGACGGAGUCUCACUGUGUCGCCCAGGCUGGAGUGCAGUGGUGUGAUCUCGGCUCACUGCAACCUCCGCCUCCGGGGUUCAAGCGAUUCUCCUGCCUCAGCCUACCGAGUAGCUGGGACUUCAGGCACCCACCACCACGCCUGCCUAAUUUUUUGUAUUUUUAGUGGAGACGGGGUUUCACCGUGUUAGCCAGGAUGGUCUCGAUCUCCUGACCUUGUGAUCUGCCCGCCUCGGCCUCCCAAAGUGUUGAGAUUACAGGCAUGAGCCAUAGCGCCCGGCCUAAAUCUUACUUAAAUUAGACUUUUAAAAUGAUAUUUUGGAUCUCACAUUUCAGUAUUAAUAAGGUUUUCUAGAUCAUAAAAAUGUCUGAAAAAUGCAUUCACUACAUACAUUGCUAACUUUGCUCCUCACCUUUUGUGGCAUCAUACUGAUUGAUAGUUGUAAUUCACAGUACCAUAGACUUAUCAGGAAGGGAUUCAGAGACCAGCUUUACCCUCCUUGUUUAACAUAUGAGGAAACUGAGGCCCAUAAAUCUCCAAAAUGACAUGUUUAGUGGCAGAGCCAGUACUAGGAACCUCUGUUUCCUGACUCCUAAAUGACUGUUCUGGCCACUACUAAUGAAUAACUAAGUUGAUUAACUAAAUAAAUGCAGCUUUUGGGUCAUUUGAGGUAGGAGAGAAUAUACUGUUCACAAAAUGAAAAGCAAACUAAGAUUGACCAAAAAAAAAAAAAAAUACAUUACCUUUUUAAAAUAGGCAGGUAGAAAAACAUAGAAGGGGGACUCUGCAUGUUGUGCUGAGAACAAGAACAUUUUAUUCACUCAGGAUUUUGCUCUAAUCCUGUUGUGGAAAUAAAGGAAUUAUGGGACCCACUCUACUAGUAGAAGAGAGCAGUGGGGAGAAUGUUGGGUUUAUUGAAGACAAUAUAAAAAGAAGAAAUAGACUGCAAAUAGACGAUGGAGGAUGUGUACUUGAAAGAACCUGUGGAUCCUCUUUAAUGUAUUAAAUAUGCCAGAGAAGGAGUGGACCCUUCCCUAAUCCUCAAAGCCUUGGAAACAGAGAGAUCUCAGUUAUCCCUUCAUAUCUUGCUUUGUUCUGCAAAGGAUUUUUUUUGUUUUGUUUGUUUUUUGCUUUUAUCAUAUUAGAGCAUAGCUAUAGUGUUAAAUUCCAUAGCUAAAGAUCCUAAUGCAUGAAGUAAAAUUUUUACAGAAAGGUAAGGGUCACUAGCAUAUUUCUCUAGUAGGAGUUUAAAGAUAUAGAAACCACAAAGUGGACGGAGUCCAGGGACUCUAGUCCAUCAGAAAGAAGUAACAUAGGAAUGAUGUGUGACAUCCCUGAGAUUAGGGAACUUGCCUAGAUGAUCUGAGGGCAUAUUUUGUGCUGUUGUAGAAAAUGUAGGGCAUGGUCAGAGAAGUUACUCUGAAGCAAGAAAAAUUUAGAGUAGGAUUACACUGAGCAUUAGUUGAAUUCAUUUUCACCUCAGCUCUUAUUUGCAUAUGCAUACUGCUCACUUUUCUCCCUUUUUUUUUUCUUCCUUGGCCCUCUAAUACUUGUGUACUUCCCCUUUCUAAACUAUACCUGGCAGUAAAGCAUUCUCUUCAGAAAGUGAGAAUCACUAGCAUAUUUCUUUAGUAGGAGUUGUAGAAACCACAAAGUGGACAGAGUUCACAGACUCCGGUCCAUCAGAAAGAAGUAACAUAGGAAUGAUGUGUGACAUGCCUGAGGUCAGGGAACUUGCCCAAAUGAUCUGAGGGGAUGUUUUGUGCUGUUGUAGAGAAUAUUUAGCUUGCUGAACAUUGUUGCACCUCUUUCAAGUCAUUUUCGAACUUUGCUCCAUGUUUCUUCUAUAUAAAGACCCUCUUGCACCAGCAUUUGCAGAAUUAAAUUCCUUACAUUGGUUUCUUUUAUAUCAAUUCUUUAAUACAGUAUUACUGUUUUAAAGAAGUAUCUGCACUGUUUUAUGUAUAUCUUGAACUAAUAAAAAUUCCAACGUCAAAAGUUUUGAACCUCUUGGUUCUUUAUACUCUUUA